UUCUCUGAAAAAUUCGAUUCAUAAUUUGUUUGUUCAUCUCCGUACAUGUUCCAUUUCCGCGUUUCUGAUUAGAGGGAGAGUGCGGGAGCUCGAGUUUGACGAUUUCUAGCGCUCCCGCAUAAUGCUUGUUGAAUUGCAGAGAAUUCGCCGGAAUUGGUGGCCGGAGUUGGUCUCGGUUUAGCUGGGAAGUGGGAAUGGAGUCUUCCAGGGCUAAUAGAGCUUUUCCUUUUUACAUAGAUCUCAAUGAGAUCCCUCUGUCUUCGCCUAGGGGAGGAGAUGAGGAAAACGCGGUGUUUUCAGUUGACCAGCCGUCGUCCGGAGCUGCUGCCCGAGUGCAGAGUGUGGACACUAGGCCUGCUGUGUCUAGGGGGUCUGAGGACGCCGGUCUGCUUUGCUCUUCGUGUGAGCUUCGGAGGAGAGGCGGGGAAAAGGAGUGGAUGUGUUUGGGGUGUUUGAUCCGGCAGCGUAGUGUAGGAGGAAAUGCAGGUGGUUGUGGAAGUAGAGGCUUUGGAGAGGGCAGAGACAUGGGGGUUUUAGGCCUGGAUAUUAAUGCGCCCCCUCCAGGGGAGCUGGAGCUUGAAGGUUUUGUUGUUGACUUGAAUGAAGAUGCAUCAGUGGGGCGGCGGCAUGGCCAGCUUGACAGCGGCAAGAUACAGACUGGAUGUAAUUCUUCCAGCCACGGCAUUGCAUUUAUUUCCUCCACAACAUAUUCCAAGUUUCCCUUCAAGGAGAACAGAUUUGAUACUUCAAAAGCUUCUCAUGUUACCAAAGCUUCUCAUGCUACUAAAGCUAUUGCUAGACCAAGAAAUACUGCUAGUGAAGUAUAUCUGCAAUGCCUUAGAGAAUAUAUUGCAGAAAGAAAUGGUACAUUAGGAGUUGGAUGGAAUGUGGAGUUCAAGUUUGUCCAUGAUAGAUGCAAGACACUUGCAGUAUAUCUUGGUCCUGAUGGAAGUAGAUUUGAGUCAGUGACUGAUGUUGCUUGUCAUUUGGGGUUGCCAUCAGUUGUUCAUUCCAUAGAUGAAGGCGAUAGAUUUGGUUUAGCUCACAAGCAAUCAAAUAACAUGCUAAAAAGAAAAGAUGCAUCAGUUUAUAUACAAAUUGGAAGCUAUAAUCAAAACUCUAAUGUUCCCCGGAGCAUCUUCCUUGAGAAUGGUGCCACACAAAAAUUUCAGGAUGGUUUCCCAGUUCAAUUUGAAGAUUUCUUGCUUAUUUCAACAGGACAUUUGGAUUCACGACCAUCAUACCAUAGUAAAAAUCAAAUCUGGCCCGUGGGUUAUAGAUCUAGCUGGCAUGAUAAAAUUUCUGGGUCAAUAUUUGUAUGCGAUGUUGCAGAUGGUGGUGAGUCUGGCCCAAAAUUCAGAGUUCAAAGGCAUCCAUGCAGCAUGCAGUCUUUCAUCACUAGUUCUACAGUCCUCUCAAGGCCACAAUCUAGGUCCUCUAGCAAAUAUGACAAAAUGGAGAAGGAUGCGCCGCCAAUUUUUGGUGUGGGUUAUGAGGAUAAUGAUUCUAUCCAAAUGAUGUUGGAAGACUGCAGCAUGCCUUCUCUGGAUAACGAUUAUGAUGCUUAUACUGGGCAAAGAGAAGGAGAAGAUUUGGCUGUGGGAAAACUUGAUUUCUCAUUGCCAGCAAGCAUGAGAAACAAAACACUUGGUGUCAUUGGUCAGGGAGAUAACAUGGGAGAAUUUCAUGUGGAAGGGGCUUCUUUGACCUCUGUAUGGGAAAUGAUCUCCCAGAGGCUUGUUUAUGCUAGCCAUCAGGUGUAUAAGCAACAUGGGGUAGUGGAGUUUUGUUGUAGUCAUGAUCAUUGUGAAGUGGAUGAUAAACAACUUGGUGACCUUAAUUCAUUAUCCAAGUUUUCUUGCUUAACAGCACCUAGUAAUUUUCGUCGCAUAGUGCAUAGUGAUAGCGAGUUUAACAAAAAUUCUGAAUUACUACUUAAGUGGCUUGAACAGGAUAGAUUUGGGCUAGAUGUAGACUUUGUGCAGGAAAUUCUAGAACAGCUUCCUGGUAUUUCAAACUGCUCAGGCUAUAAGUUUUUGAAUGAAAGGAAGCAGAAGUCAACCCUUCAAACUAUUGGAAGUGGAUUUCUUCAGUCUAGAAAGAAGGGUCCUAUGCAAGAUGAUGAGGGAUUAGAUGAAUAUUUUAGACCAUCUAAAAGACUCAGAAAAUUAGAAGAGCGUGAAGUGAGAGCCCCAUGUCUUUCAGGCAAGCCAUUUACCUCAAAGCUUCCUUCACAUUUGAUAGGCGAUGCUCUCCAGGUUUGGGAUUUUUCAUUGCGUUUUUCUGUGUCUUUGGGGCUGGAAGAUCAAUUUUCUUUCUUGGAACUCGAAGAUGAACUUUUGAGUCCUUGGCUAGAUGGACUGCAUCCAUAUGCAAAUGUGGAAUCUGAUGUCGUGGGUGCUGAUCAUUCUGCAGAGUAUGGAUGUGCAGUGAAGCCUUCUCUAGCCAAUGCCACUUGUACUCAAUACAGCAGAUGUACUGGUCUAGUUUUGGCUAAAACUCACAUCUCUCUGCUAAAUGUUUUAGUUAAGGACCUUCUCAUGAAGGUUGCAGUGUAUGUAGACCCUACCUUUGAUGUUGGCGAAUCUAAACCCAGAAGAGGUAGAAAGAAAGAUGCUGAUAAUUUAGCCACUCUUAAGAAAGCUAAACUUGAUAUGUUUCCUGUAAACGAAGUUACGUGGCCUGAAAUUGCUCGAAGAUACAUUUUAGCUGUAUUGUCCAUGGAGGGUAACCUUGACUCCACGGAGACUGCUUGCCGUGAGAGUGGAAAGAUUUUUCAUUGUCUACGCGGCGAUGGUGGGACACUUUGUGGGGCUCUCGUGGGAGCUGCUGCACUUGAAGCAGAUGCUGUGCUUCUUGCAGAGGCUAGAAGAAAAGUCUAUGGUUCAGUGAGGAUUGGAAGUGAUAUAGUCAGAAUAGAUGAGAAAGACACUGAUGCUGAAUGGACAAAUGAUGGUGAAGUUCCUGAAUGGGUACGCUUGUUAGAGCCUGUAAGAAAGCUACCUACAAAUGUUGGGGCUAGAAUCAAGAAGUGUGUCAAUGAGGCUCUCGAUAGAAAUCCCCCUGAAUGGGCAAGAAAAGUUUUGGAGCAUUCAAUCAGCAAGGAGGUUUACAAGGGAAAUGCGUCAGGCCCUACAAAGAGAGCAGUUGUUUCCGUUCUAGAAGACUUAAACAGUGAACACAUGCUAUCCAAACCUGAGAAGAAGGAAAAAAGGAAGAAUGUGAUAUCUCUAUCUGACCUCAUAAUGAAGCAAUGUCAGAUUGUAUUACGUCAAGCUGUUGCUACAGAUGAAGAUAGAGUUUUCUGUAAUCUAUUGGGGCGAACGGCUCUAACACCCAAUGAUAAUGACGAUGAGGGACGUCUUGGAUAUCCUGCCAUGGUCUCUCGCCCUUUAGACUUUAGGACAAUUGAUCUAAGAUUGGCUGCAGGGUUUUAUGGUGGGUCAUAUGAAGCUUUUGUUGAUGAUGUUCGCGAGGUUUGGAACAACAUAUACACUGCAUAUGGCGAUCAGCCUGACCUGAUUGAAUUAGCAGGAACCAUAUCUCAGAAAUUUGAGGAACUGUAUGUAAAAGAGGUUCUUUCCAUUGCCCAGAAAGCUGUAGAGUGCAAGGACGAGAAUUGCUUAAAAAGUGAAGCUGAAAAAGAAAGUGAUGAUUUGGUUGUCCGUGUUACUGAAAGCUCAAUUCCUAAAGCCCCUUGGGAUGAAGGGAUUUGCAAAAUUUGUGGCAUGGAUAAAGAUGAUGACAAUGUUCUGCUGUGUGAUAGUUGUGAUUCAGAGUACCACACAUACUGUUUGAAUCCUCCACUUGUCAGAAUUCCUGAAGGAAAUUGGUAUUGCCCAUCUUGUGUUGCUAAAAAAUCUUCUUCCCGAGGUUUCACCUAUAAUGCUCUAUAUGUUGGUCAAUGUCAUAAAAGGAGACAUAAAAAAGAAUUUACUCAUAAGUUUCUUGAGGCACUCAGCGAAUUAGCGAAGGCCAUGGAGUUGAAGGAGUAUUGGGAACUUACUCUACAGGAGCGGAUUUUCUUAAUGAAAUUUUUGUGUGAUGAGGCACUGAAUUCAGCCAUUUUCCGUGAACACCUUGAUCAAAGUGCCUCUGUAUCUGCAGAACUGCAGCAGAAGUUACGGUCACUGAAUUCUGAACUGAAGCUUUUGAAAGUAAGGGAAGAACUUUUGGUGGCAAACUUGGCUAAAGUGAAAAAUAUUGUUGGGCAUGGUGGAGACUUUGGUUCUAAUGCAUUCACUUCCGGUGUUUGUGAUGGUAAAUUAAAUGGGCAGGUGAUUGAACGUGGUGCUAGGAGUACUACAAUGUCUGGUUAUUUUAGACAGCUGGAUGAUGGUUCACAAAGGAAUGUGUUGGUGGAAAACAGUUACAGUUCAACAGACCAUUUAGAGGCAACUUGUGCAUUCUCUGUUAAUGAUCUAAAGUCUACCGAUGCUGAAAAUAAUUUACAAUAUCAGCAAGCUGUCAAAGAUAAGUGUCAAUUGGAUGAUUCUUUUCAUAUGCAAUGUAACAAACACUUAGCCAGUUCACAAGAUGGGCUGGUGCAUGACAAUUUGUGUAGUAAUCUUGAUUUUCAGGAGUCACCAGAGGGCAGUUCCAAUUCCUUGCCAUCUACUGUCCAGGUCCUGCCUGAGCAUAAUUCCACUAAUUCCUACAAUUGUGUGAAUCAGUCUUCUAAUGCUGGUGAUGUGAAUUUUUCUCAAGCCUUAAACAAUCAACUUGCAUCUCUGAAAGGUGAGAUUCAUUCAUUGCAGGAAUCAAUUGCCUUGAAAGAAGCCGAGCUUCAAAAUGUGUCUGUUAGAAAGGAAUUUUUGGGACGGGAUUCUGAGGGCACACCUUACUGGAUUCUUAGUUCAGGUGAUUCUUACCUGCAGAUAGUAGCUAAUUCAGGUGUGAGUUCAAGGCAGAGGAUAUCUCAUAAUUUUUGUCAUUCAAGUUUGGAAAAUUCAAGGCAGACAGGUAGUUAUGGACUGGCAUCUGGAGACAAUUUUGGGAUCCCAAAUCUUUGUCAAUGGACAAUUUACCAAUCUGACCAGGACAUUAAAGAACUUAUGGAAUGGCUCAGAGAUAAUGAUGCAAGAGAGAAAGAGUUAAAGGAGUCCAUUUUCCAGCGCGUGGCCUGUAAAUCCAAGCACUCCAACUUGAUGGAUGGGCUGGUCCAGAAGAAAAAAGAACUAAGCACUUCAGACUCCUCUAAAGGCAGAAGAUAUUCUGAAACUGAUUAUCAUAUUACCAAAGCUAUGACGGUUUUAUCCAAGAAAUAUGGAUCUUGCAAAGAAAUGGAUGGAACGGAAGUCUUGAAGAACCCUGGUUUUCUAGUGAAAGACCUCUGUAAGGGUGGAAUAUAUAGGUGUCUAUGCCUAGAACCAUUAUGGGUUUCUAGGCCUCAUUGCUACUCAUGUCAUCUUACAUUCUCCUCUGCUGAGGAGCUGGCACAGCAUGCCAGUGACAAGUGCAUGCCCAACUCACAAGUGUAUGAGAGUAGCCAGGUAAUAGAACAUCCUUCCAAGCGCAAAAAAAUGACAAAAAGUGAACCCUGUCAAAACAAGUCCUCUGACGGUAAUGAUAUCAAUCAAGCAUCCAUGAGCAGGAGGCUAGCUAAUAUUGAAGAACCUGGAAUGAAGAAACACAGUAGCGAACCUGCUCCCAUUGAACAUCUUGACCAACCAGAAUGUGCAUUAAAUUUUGAAGAAAUCAAAGGGAAAUUCAUUGUUCAAAAUUCUCUCAAGGAGGAGGUGAAGAAAAUAGGUCUGAUUGGCACGAAUGGUGUUCCAACCUUUAUUCAGUAUAGGUCUCCCUAUCUGGAUUAUCCUGACAUAGGAUUGAUAUCUAUGACAGAAGAUGAGGUUGCCACAAAAGCUACUAAUAAGGAGCAAUCAAAUGCUGGGCCAUGUAUUCCUCCCAAGACCCACGUCAUAGAUAAUCUACCAGGCCAUGCUGAAAAUGGCUUAUUUGAUGAUGAGCUGGAACUUGGGAAUGCAAGAUCAACACUGGCGAGUGAAAGACAAUGUUAUUCUGCCAAUGUUGAAAACCAAGUACCAGGAAUAAAUAAGAGCUUAACUGUUCGUGAGUCCUCUGUAAGACUAUUGGUAGGCAGGGAUCUUGAGAUUCUGAGGCAUCUAAAGAUCAACUUGAUUGACAUGGAUGCUUGUCUACCUCAAGAAGCUCUGAGAGCAUCAAGAUCAGACUCAGACAGAAGAUGUAUUUGGCGCACAUUUGUAAAAUCUGCGGCGACAGUUUAUGAGAUGGUUCAAGCAACGAUCAUACUAGAGGACACAAUAAAGGCCGAGUACUUGAGGAAUGAUUGGUGGUACUGGUCAUCGCCUUCAGCUGCUUGCAAGAUAUCUACCAUGUCUGCCCUUGCUCUCCGCUUAUAUGCCCUUGAUUCAGCCAUCUUGUAUGAGAAACACCUAGCCGAUGAAGAGGGCAUAAAGCCAGAAUGUAGAUCAGCGAAAGCAGCAUCUCGGAGUUCCAAAUCAAGUAGUCCAAUUCAAAAGCUGCUUGAUUCAGAUCCCGCUGAGAAUCCAAAACCAAAAACCAGAUCCAGCAAGAGAAGAAAAGACUCUGGUGGUUGAAAAGAUACGCCCCUUUUCUGAACCAAAGUGGAUUGAUCUUGUGCCUGCCCUGAUGACAUGGACGUGCCACUUUGAUUUUAAUGUUGGCCACCCUGAUUCAAGGAGUUGACGCCUCUGGCACAUUCCAGUAUUUUCAUAUACAUGGAUCUGCUUUUUGCCACCAGUUUUCCUUCCAUAUACAAAUUUAAGGCUUUUGCAUGCAUGUUACUUGAGAGUGGUACCCUGCAUUUUCCUCGCCGUCAUUUUUAAGCGGUGUGAAAAGGUUCUAUACAAAAUGGUGGCCUAAGGAUAUCCAGAAACCUGUCAUUGGGUGGAGUAGCAGAAGGUCCGGUGCUCAUAAUUUCAAAUGGACGAUAUUUGUGCCCUUGAUAAAAAUAUAAAAAGGUCAGUGACUAAAUAGGUAAAACCAUAUCUAUAUGUACAAGCAAAGGUUUAGCAGUUGUAUGUUUGUAGGAUUGUAGCCAAUUAUAUGUAUAGAAAUUACAGAUAAUGUCUCAAGCUAUGCCUCCUCCCCCUGCUGAACAAUGUAAAAUUAGGUUGUGCCAUUGUAUGUUCUCUAAACAAGCCUGUAAUCAAGAACUGCCUUUCUU